AUGACCAUACCCAACCUCAACUCUCGACCGCUGAAACGCUCGUUCCAAGUCGAUCAAUCCACCAAGCAGGAACAGGUCACCUCGACCAGCAGUCCUCCGAGCUCAAAGCCAAGAAUCACGACGACCAUGACCAGCAUCAAGAGUCAGUCAUCCCCCGUCGUAUGCAUCUUCUCAUUCGAACGAACCGAGAAUACGAAGCCUGAACCGGCUCCUCCCUUUGCAGCGUUCCCGCUCUUCGGGGGCCCCACCUCUCGAGCCUCACCCACCUCCUCCCCCUCGACCCUACGCUGGCACCCAUCCUUCCACGCCCAAGUACCCUGCCUCUACGCCUCCUACCUACCCUCCAAGACGACCGUCUUCCCUCGUUCGGCCAAAGUCGCCGCGUACGAUGUCGACGGCUGCCUCAUCAAGACCCACGGCUCAAAGUUCCCAACCGGCGCGACAGAUUGGCAGUACUGGCAUCCGAACGUACCUGAUCAGCUCAGGGAGAUGCAUCGUCAAGGGUACGUCCCGGGAAAUACCCUCUUGCUCUUUCGAGCUCGCCCCGCGUCAACUGACGUAGUCCCCCCUUCGUCCUGUAGCUUUUCGAUCCUGCUCUUUUCGAACCAAAACUACAAGGGCAAACGACUCGACUGGUUCAAGACCAAGAUGACCACCAUCGUCGCGUCCAAACUCAAGGACAUACCCAUGAGGAUAUUCGCCGCGACGGAGAAGGACCAUCAUCGUAAAGGGGUUGGCAUAGGCAUGUGGCAGAGGUUCCUGAAGGAGGCCGAGAUGAAGCAUGACGAGAUUGGUGAGUGCGAUCCUCGGGACGAACAGCGCGUACCACGCGGGAGAUCUGAUGUCUUCAUCCCUGAUGAUCUCAACAGACUGGCAAAGCUCCUUCUUUGUGGGUGAUGCAGCUGGCAGAGCAGCCGGUCCGGGUCGUCCAAAAGAUCACUCCGACGUCGACCUAGGUGAGAAAUCUACUCGACUCGUCUGCCAUCAGCCUCGUGGGAAACCAUACUGACUACGAAUUCUUCUUUUCAGUGUUUGCCAACAGCGUCGGCUUACGCUUCAUGACGCCCGAACAGCACUUCCUGGGUCAAGCCGCCGGAGCAUGA